GAAGUGCCCAUAACUAUAGUGGCAAUGUUGGAUAGAAGAAUACUAGUGUGGAUGCAACUGGUUUAUGCAUACUUGAUUCUUUGAACACGUUCCAGAAUCUUACCGUUACAAUUCCAAUGCACUUUCGGAUUAAUAUAUAAUAGUACAGCAACUUCUCUGAUAAUUUCAGAUUCCCACUUUGAAAGAUGCAAGCUUGUGGGAAGGAAGGAGGAGAGCUUUCAUCUUUAUAUUCUGGGAGGGAAGAGAAGACAAGAAAAAAAGAACAAUUCUUUUUAUUUUUUUAUUUGUUCAUUUUACAUGAUCUUGUUGAGUGGCUAAAGUGGGUUUCAUUCGUAUCCAUCUAAGGAAUAAUUUCAGAUCUCUUGCUGUGAAUUUAUGCCAGUAUCUCAUUAAUCAACUAAGCCACAGUCACAGAUGCCCAUAACAUUAUUCUCUCAUUCUUCUUCUUCUUCUUCUUCUGAGUGCUGAUGGGGGUGAUGAUGCAACAGUACUCAUACUUUGAGAGGAUCGUUUUUUACUGAUAUUUUAAGAUUUGGAAUUGGAAUUAGUUUUACUUUUAUUUUAGUGGCUGAACAUAUUAUUCUCUUUUCAAUAAUUUGUUUUCAUGCAAGGACAAAUUUCAUUAUUCUUUUUGGUUUAUUUUGAUGGGAUUUGUUUCUUUUUGUGCUUUGGUAAUGUCAACAGAUCGUUGUUCAUUCCCAUCCGUCUUUGGAAUAAAUAAAAAGGCAUAUAUACAUAUUGAAAAUAUUUAUAGAUUCAUAUCUUCCACUUCAAGUCUUAUGGAAUAUGACACAGAAUUUUAUGCCAUACAUUUGAAUUCAACAUUAUUGGUGUUGAAUGCUGAUUAUCCAACUGGUCUGCAUCUUUCUUUUCUGUUUUUGUUUCCCAGAGCUUCUCCUCUUUAAGUAAUUCACAGUAGAUUGAAAUCUGAUACACUUUUUGGUACUGGCAAAGAGAAUUGAAAAGAAAUCACCUUUUCUUUUCUUUUGUUUUCUUUUUCCCUUUUUUUUUUCUAGCUCUCAUAUUUGGAUUGCUUGUAAAUGAACACUUCAAAGAUCGAUUUCCAAGAACGAAUUCAUCAUAAUCAUGGACUGAUUGAUGACUUUGCUCUUCAUUCCUCUCAAUGUCUUGGUAACCAACAGAAUUGGAACAUGGGAAUUCGUGUGCAGCAACCGGUUAUGGAGGCAGGACUGCAACAGCAGCAAAAUCUUAGGCCUGAUGAGUCAUCAACCAGCAUUAUGAGCCGCUUUGAAUCACCAGCUUCUGCCUUUUAUGCAACAGAAAAAUAUAUGGGAUUUCCACAGUAUGAUUGUCAAGUUGGUGCUCUUCCUUUGUGCUUCCCAUACUCCAAGUCCUAUGAUUCACAACAGUCUUCAAAGGAAAACUACACUAUUGACUCCAGAGAGCAAGCUGAGCACAACUUGGAAUUAAGAAACAACUUGCAGCCAAUUGUGAAAUCUCAUUUUUCUGAUGAUCAUUUUUACAAGUCUUAUAAAGGUCCCUGCAGCAGUUCUUCAGGGAACAAGCUACAUCUGCUUGAAAGAAAUAAACUGUUAAAUAAUGGAGCUGCCUCCAUAGGAAGUCCCUUUUCAAUUCCUUUCCAAGAAGAUCAAAAUCAAAGAUUUGGCUGUAAUACUUCUCCAUUUGCACAUCUGGGGUUUUCUUCUCGACAAGAGAUACAGUCUCCAAGAUUUUCUUCUGCAGGUGGUUCUGUGUCUUCUGGCAAUUCUGUUGCUACUGGAGCUGUGCUCUCAAGUAAAACACGAAUAAGAUGGACUCAAGAUCUUCAUGAGAAGUUUGUCGAGUGCGUAAAUCGCCUUGGGGGUGCCGAGAAAGCAACGCCGAAGGCGAUACUAAAGCUGAUGGACACCGAUGGAUUGACCAUCUUUCAUGUGAAAAGUCAUUUGCAGAAAUAUAGAAUUGCAAAAUACAUGCCAGACUCAUCAGAAGGAAAGCCUGAGAAAAGAAAUAGCGUAAAUGAUGUAUCCCAAAUUGAUACGAAAACUAGAUUGCAAAUCACAGAGGCACUGCAACUGCAAUUAGAUGUCCAGAGGUGUCUGCACGAACAAUUGGAGAUUCAGAAAAGCCUGCAAUUACGCAUUGAAGAACAAGGCAGACAACUUAAGAGGAUGAUAGAUCAACAACAACAGAGGACAAGUAAUAAUCUUUUCAGGAAUCAGAACUUGGAUAAUACAUCCCCAGAUGAGCCUGCAUUUAGUCUUGAGGAUAUUGAGAUUUCCAUCACAGAAGGUUUUAAUAACACCCAAUUCCCAUCUAAGAUAACUUAGUUCUUCCAAGAACAUAUCAUUUCAGAUCAUUUUCAUUUACUAGCUCGAUGGGCUCCAGUAGAAGUGGCUCCUACUUCUCAGUACAACAGAAUCAGGAAAGAGUCUGUAUGUGCUGCUAUGUAAAGAAAAGAAAGGCAUUUGUAUUUACUUGAAUCCUCAAAUUAUUACAUUGGAUAUAUCUAUAAUGAAAGAAGUAAAGGCAUAAAA